AUGGCUCGUACUAAACAGACAGCUCGCAAGUCCACCGGCGGUAAAGCGCCGCGCAAGCAGCUGGCUACCAAGGCUGCUCGCAAGAGCGCGCCGGCUACCGGCGGCGUGAAAAAGCCUCACCGCUACCGCCCGGGCACUGUGGCUCUGCGCGAGAUCCGCCGCUACCAGAAGUCGACCGAGCUGCUGAUCCGGAAGCUGCCGUUCCAGCGUCUAGUGCGAGAAAUCGCCCAGGACUUCAAGACCGAUCUUCGCUUCCAGAGCUCAGCGGUGAUGGCGUUGCAGGAGGCUUGUGAGGCCUACUUGGUAGGGCUCUUUGAGGACACAAACCUUUGCGCCAUCCAUGCCAACUGUUUAGCGAUGUCUGGUCGCGGCAAAGGUGGUAAAGGUUUGGGUAAAGGAGGUGCUAAGCGCCACCGAAAAGUGCUGCGGGAUAACAUCCAAGGCAUUACUAAGCCAGCUAUUCGGCGCCUUGCUAGGCGUGGUGGGGUUAAACGAAUCUCUGGUUUGAUUUAUGAGGAGACUCGUGGUGUUCUGAAAGUAUUUUUGGAGAACGUGAUUCGGGACGCCGUGACCUACACGGAGCACGCCAAGCGCAAGACUGUCACUGCUAUGGAUGUGGUUUACGCGCUCAAGCGUCAAGGACGCACUCUGUACGGCUUCGGCGGUUAAUCUGUUCGUCAGUUUUCUCCCAAUGGCCCUUUUCAGGGCCGCCCAC